CAAGGAUCGUUUUGAAGAAGUGCUGACGCUUCUCUGUUGUAGAAACACUCAGAGCUCUCUCUCUUUCUCUAACCAAUACGAAGAUAGAAAAAGAGAGAGAAAUGAGUCCGUCAUCUUCUUCUUCUUCACCUUCUCGUUCUCGGGGUAGUAAUAAUAAUACUAACAGCAACAACGAAGAGAGACCGAGAUUCUUCGACAAAAAGGCGAAGAGCAAAUGCUGGGCAAACGCCAAAACGGUCCCCGGUCGCCACCCGGAGAGGUGGCGGAAGGACGCCGCCGGCAACGUCGUCUGCCGGCGCUUCGGCAACUGCCAGGGCUGCCUCUGCUUCGAGUACGAUCACAUCGUUCCCUUCUCCAAAGGCGGUGAGUCCACUGCUGAAAAUUGUCAGAUUCUUCAAACUAGAGUGAAUAGAUACAAAUCAGAUAAAGAUGGUGUGGAUGCAACUCAGUUGAAGGGAUAUUCUUGUGAGAUCCAGUUUACUGACAAGGAACUUGACUUAAUCGAAAUGGCUGUCUACGGUGAUGUGAUCCGGCCGGAAUGCCGUUGCAGAACUGUUGCCGAGGUGCUCGGCAAGUUCAAAUCGAAAGACCGUAUGGCUGCCUGCAAGUUGCCUUACAACGAGGAAGGUUCAUAGCAGCAAGAACCAAGAAUCCUUCUGAAGAACUCCGGUUGAGGAUUAUUAUUUGUUUGCAUUUAUUUACAAUGAUUCUUUAAAUGGACUGAUUCUAUGAUUCUUGGACUGAAAAUUCUUGACCAUGUACCUUACCUCAAUUUUUUCAUUGACAUGCUAGUUGAAAUGAAUAGAGGGGACAAUAAGUUUUCAACUUGUAAACAAAAGCAGGCUUCUCAUUUGGGGAAGUUUCUGUAUAAAACAAUGAAAGUCUUAUGUGGCAUUUUUUCUGCCUUGUUGCUGCAAGUGUAGUGAGAUCCAUAAUCCAUAAAGUUUCUCUUCUUUACCAUUUCAUAUUUUCCCCUUUAGAAGUUCCCCAGUAGCUUGUAAA